CUUUCAGCGAUCAAGAACCAUGCCGCCUUCUCGCGAGUCGAUACAAAACCGUGGAGAUGAAGAUGAGGUCUGCCCCGUCUGCAAAUCCUCGCGGUACCUGAACCCGGACAUGCACUUCCUCAUUAAUCCAGAAUGUUAUCACAAAAUGUGCGAGUCAUGCGUGGAUCGUAUUUUCUCUUCGGGCCCUGCGAACUGCCCUGUAGCCGGAUGCCAUAAGACCUUACGAAAGAAUAAAUUUCGGAAACAGACGUUCGAGGAUAUUCAUGUAGAAAGGGAGGUUGAUAUACGGCGCAGAGUUAUGCAGAUUCUCAAUCGCCGCGAAGAAGAGUUUGACUCUAAACGGGCCUGGGAUGAUUUUCUUGAACAACGCGAGGAGAUCAUCGCGAAUCUUGUUCACGGCACUGAUGUAGCGAAAACCGAAUCCGAUCUCCAAAAAUACGCACAAGAGAAUAUGCGCUCCAUCCGCACCAACCAAGCCUUGGAAGCUGAGGAAGCUUCGUCUUUCCAAGAACGGCAGACUCAAGAGCAGGAAAGAGCUCGCCUCCGCCGGCAGGCAAUCAGACAGGAGUAUGAGAACGAGCGCCGGGAGAUACUCGCGGGACGAGAAGACGUUCUCACUCGUCUUGCCGCCGGACGGCCAUCGGACGCUGCGGCUAUUGCACGUGAGGGCCAGAAAGUUCUGCUCAAGAAGUCGUCUGCUCGACGUAGCGAGGAGGAACGUAUCAGACAGAAACAGGCUGCCCUGCGUAGCUCGGAUGCUAGAAAGGCUGGACAAGGUAGGCUCCCGACCGAUAAAGCUGGUGACGCCGGUGAUACUGGUCUUAUCAAGGGACUCAAGAGAAUCAAGACCCCCGAACCCGAAAAGCCAUACGAUCCGUUUGGCGGAAUGGCUCCGGGCAAACGGGACUAUUAUACCUUGCAAGACUUCUACCCAUCCAGCUAUCUUGAUCCCAUUAGACAAGAUACUCGUAUGCAGGCUGGUGGAUAUGACCUUCGUGAAUACUAUUCACGCACCUUGCUCGAGGCAUUCGCAGGUUUGGGAUGCUUCGUCGAUGAGGAAGUUUCACAACGGGACGCGACAAAUACAUUGGACACCCCGGAGCCUGUUGCCUCAGAAGGUGCUGCAAUGGCGGCGACUUCGAGCGGGCCUGCAGGCAGUGUGUAGCUUGCCGAAUGCCUGGAAUUAGAGGGGUCAGUGCUUUCUAUAUAGAUUCAUUCUUGGUUUAGGUGUUGGCGCAUUGGGACUGGUGCAUAGCGAUGGC